AUUUUUUUUUCCUUUUUAUUACUUUUCCCUCUUUUUUGCUCGUCACUUUAUUUGGUCAUGAAAUGGGAGAAAUGGAGAUCGAAGAAAUCGAAGCUGUUCUUGAGAAAAUCUGGGAUCUACACGACAAGCUCAGCGACGAGAUUCACUUGAUUUCGCGGUCUCACUUCCUCAAAUCCGUUAAACCAACAGCUAGAUCGGAGAAGAGGAAGAGUCAAGGGAAUUCCGGCGAAGAAAAGCGACCGGGUUAUGUCUUCAUCAAGGGAUUCGCCGUCGACGAUAACGACUCCACGAUUCAAGAGGCCAAGAGCCUGAACGCAAUUCGAACCGCUUUGGAGAACCUCGAAGACCAGCUUGAGUUUUUCCAUACUAUACAUACGCAGCAACGAACAGAGAGAGAUGUAGCGGUUGCUCGGCUUGAACAAAGCAGGAUAUUGCUAGCAAUGAGAUUGGCUGAACACCACGGGAAAAGCUACGGAGUCUUAGAGGAAGCUCUUGCAUUUGUUGGGAGCAUUAAAAGUGCAACUCAUUACGUUUCGCCUGAUCAAGUUUACAACUCUCCAAACCCAACCGGAGCAAACUCUAGUCCUUCUGAUGGAAACAAGUCAAACUUUGUAAUCAACGCCUUUGCCUCGACCUUGGGUUUUGCCAAAAGAGCACUUGGAUUCAACCAUGUGAGAGGCGUGCUUGGGAACGCUGCUAUAUUCGCCAUUAGCAUGGUCGCAAUGCUGCAUCUUCACCAAGUGGCUACUAGUGAACAUCAUCUACAGAAGAAAGGAGACAGGUUUUACAGAAAGCAGCAGAGGAAAACAUACAGAAGAGAGAUGGCUUCAUCUGAAAUAAGUUUGGACCAUUUGGACGUGAUGAUGGCUCGUGGUUAAGACCAGAGAUUGAACUUGUCCAACACGUGAUACUCAGGUUACAUUUGCUUGCAGCAGAGGAAUAAAGGACAAAAAGUGAAAACAAAGAAGAGGAGAGAUAGUUGUUUGCUCUCUCAUAUGAUCUUCUGGGUUUCGUUGUUAUCAGCAAAAAAGAUAAGAAUUUGGAGGCGAAAUGUUGGAAUUUUAUGAGCUGAGCUAAUGGGUUUUGUUUUUUUUUUGUUUAAUAUUUCUUUCGUUGAGAUGCAAAUAUUGUUGUUCCUUUCUUCCUUCUCGUUUUGACUAUAAUUCACUGUGGUUAAAAGGGUUGUUUGUUUUGUUUUGUUGGUUUCAAGUGUGGUUAGGCUUUUUUUCGUAA